CGCGGCCGGUGCUUCUCCUACUCGCCGCUGUACCGGGGCUGCGGAGCCGGGUCCCCUUUUCCAUCCCAUGGCCCUGGCCGGGACCUGAGCCCCCCUCCGCAAUGAAGACCAUCAUCGCUGCCUACUCCGGGGUGCUGCGAGGCACAGGAUCGAGCAUCCUUUCAGCUCUGCAGGACUUGCUCUGGCUAUUGAAAUCCAAAGUAGAGAAACAACUCCAGAUCAUAUCUGUGCUCCAAUGGGUUCUCACUUUCCUCGUCAUGGGUAUUGCUUGCACUUUAAUCCUCAUGUACAUACUGUGCACAGAUUGCUGGGCCAUUGCUGCUCUAUAUUUAGCCUGGCUGGUGUUUGACUGGAAUACACCAAAGAAAGGUGGAAGAAGAUCCCAAUGGGUGAGGAACUGGGCCAUAUGGAGGUACUUCAGGGAUUAUUUUCCAAUAAGACUGGUUAAAACCCACAACCUGCUGACCACCAGGAAUUACAUCUUUGGAUACCAUCCACACGGCAUCAUGGGUUUAGGUGCCUUCUGCAACUUCAGCACAGAGGCCACUGGUGUCAGCCAGAAAUUCCCUGGGAUCCGGCCAUACCUUGCUACCCUGGCUGGGAACUUCAGGAUGCCCAUUCUGAGAGACUACCUCAUGUCUGGUGGUAUAUGUCCUGUGAACCGUGACAGCAUAGACUACAUCUUGUCCAAGAAUGGCAGUGGCAACGCCAUCAUCAUCGUGGUUGGAGGAGCAGCAGAGUCCCUGAACUGCACUCCAGGGAAGAACUCUGUGACACUAAAGAAUCGGAAGGGAUUUGUCAAACUGGCCCUGCGGCAUGGUGCGGACCUGGUUCCUGUCUAUUCCUUUGGGGAGAAUGAAGUGUACAAGCAAGUGAUCUUCGAGGAGGGGUCCUGGGGAAGAUGGGUUCAGAAGAAGUUUCAGAAGCACAUUGGCUUUGCUCCAUGCAUCUUCCAUGGCCGUGGUCUCUUCUCCUCCAAUACCUGGGGGUUGUUACCUUACUCCAAGCCCAUCACCACUGUUGUUGGGGAGCCCAUCACCAUCCCUAAAAUCUACAAUCCAACCCCAAAGGAAGUGGACUUCUACCACAGCAUGUAUGUGAACUCCCUGAUCAAACUCUUUGACAAGUAUAAGAGCAAAUUUGGCCUGCCAGAGACUGAGGUCUUGGAAGUCAACUGAAGGGAUUGGUUGAGCAUCACCUCCUUCUCUCAGAAUCAACACACCUUCUCCAGGAAUCCAAGCUGUCAUCGUGUACUUGAAAGCAUGUGUGGGUGUAUGUGUCUUUCCAAGAAAGUGUUUAAAGUAUUGCUAGACCACUUUGAAAAUAAAGAAAGGCUUUACUUUAGAUAAAUCCCAUUACCAACAUCUUUCUAUCCAGAAAAACAAAAGCACAACUCCCCAUUGCUGUGAGGAUUUGGAUAGGGGGGAAAUGAUUGCCAUUGUCAUUUGCUCUAUAAUGCUGUUGGAUUGCCAGCAAUGGAUUUAGAAGCAUUCCCACAGCUACUGUCCCCACUAGCACAGGCUAUUUUGGGAGAGUAGAAUCCAUCUGGUUGACUUGACCAGCAGUAUUACAGGCGUGUUGCACAAGAGUGAUGCUGAGAUGUGCUUAUGUUGCACAAGGGUAUUUCUGCUUUUGGGUAAACCCUUUCUGAAAGCACAAGCAGAAGCUGCCUGCUCUGACACUUACCAUGGAUGAUGCAGAGAAACCAAAGGGUAUGAGCCUGGUGGACCUCAAUUCAUAGUGUGGUAGAUACUUUGGUGGCUGUAUCUUCACCACUUGUAUUUGGAAUGUCAGGUUAGAAGCAGGUCUGUCCCUAUGCUGCUUGCACAUAGCUGGAGAUAGGGGACUUCUUCACAGCCACAAGACUCCAAAGGCAAGUUCUAAGGGAGCAGUGGGAUGGUGCAAUGGUGUUGCAGACCCAUAGGGGUAAAUGGGUUUGGAUCCCAAAAGCAUUUGGGGAAAGCUAGGAGUAACUUCUGCCCAAAGAUGGCUUUUAACUAUUCUGCCUGGUGAAUGUAAAGGAGUAAGUAGCCUUGUCACAUGUAGGAUCUACAGUGAGUGACUUCGACAAGUGUUUUAUCAGAUGUUUACGUGGGUGUUAACACUGCUUGUAGUGAGAUUUCUUCAGAGUACAACGUGUUUGUGUGUGUAAACCUGAAACAUUGCACUACUUGCAUGUCUGACCUGCCUUUCCAAUGGUUCAGUUGUAUUUUGAGCUCCGAAAUGUGCCUUUCUUCCAAGCAAGAGGAUGGUACUUCACAUUCCUGGAAUCUUGCCUCUCUAAAGACAAAUGUUCAUCUGUCAUAUUUGAUAGAUUAUUAUAUUGCAGAGUAUCAAUUUUUGUACAAAUUUAUAGAAAUAAACUUGGGCAAAACCA